CGCGAUUUCUCAGGAGACUCAAAAAUCAAACACUCUUCGAUUCACUGCUGUCUAUUCAUUUUCGGGGGGGAAAAAUGGAACCCUCUGGACCCUCAAACCCUCUCUUAUCUCUCUCAACCUUCAUCCACCAUCACUGCCUCCGUCUCGGUGCCGAAUUCUCCACUCGUAUCAGCGAUACCACUCGAUUCCUAGGCGGCAACCUCCCUCCACCUAGGCGGCUCUGCCUGGCGCCAUCGCCGCCUUUCGCUUCUGUAUCGCAGCCGAAACAGACAGCUACAACCGCCAAUCUCAGCUCGGACCACGUCGCGAAAACUCUGGCAGGCACGGCCGUGUACACAGUGAGCAAUUCCAACAACGAGUUCGUGCUCAUCUCGGAUCCUAAUGGAGCUAAGUCCAUUGGUUUGCUUUGCUUUCGGCAAGAAGACGCUGAAGCAUUUCUUGCUCAGGUUAGGCUUCGGAGAAGGGAGUUGCGAAGCCAAGCUAAGGUUGUGCCUAUCACACUCGACCAGGUGUACAUGCUGAAGGUUGAAGGAAUUGCAUUUCGUUUUUUACCUGAUCCGGUUCAAAUAAAGAAUGCACUAGAGCUCAAAGCUGUUGAUAUCAGGAGUGGCUUUGAUGGAGUUCCUGUUUUCCAGUCAGACCUUCUGGUUGUGAAGAAGAAAAACAAGAGAUAUUGCCCAAUAUAUUUUCAAAAGGAAGAUAUAGAAAAAGAAUUGUCGAAGGUCUCAAAGGCAUCAAGGGGCCCCAGUCUUUCUCAACAUAUUAUGGUGGGAAGUUUAGAGGAUGUUCUUAAAAAAAUGGAGAUAAGCGAGAAAAAAUCUGGCUGGGAAGAUCUGAUUUUCAUUCCACCUGGUAAAAGCCAUUCUCAACACAUUCAUGAGAUAACUAAGGUAUGAUGCAUUGCAUUCAUUGUUCUGGCUGACUGUACGAAGGGAUGAGCUAGCAGCAGGGAUUUUGCGUCUUCCAUCUCAUGAUUAUAUUUAUGAAGCAGGUUGGCGAUUAUGACUAUUCAUCUCUUUUCCCUCACUGUCCGUUUUAUUUUUGCAUGAGACAAGUAGAUAUGAAGUUUCACCAUGUAAAAUUGUUUUUCAUAGAUUUGGUCUAGAGUAGCUUGAGAUGAAAGAAGGGAUACAUUUUUCGAUUUGAGGAAUUUCAUUAGCAAACCUGCAGGAUCUUGAUGCC